AUGGGUUUCGAAGCUGGUCUUGUUUUGGCAAAUGGUGAGCUCCUUUCAGAAUCUCUUGAGUUCCAAAAUAUUGGGACUUCCUACUGCUUAACUUCAUUGGCGCAACAUUUACUUAGAAAACCUGAUGGAAGUGAAGCCAUUUUAGCCUACCAGGUUGGUGGUCUCCAUGGAGUGUUGGGUGGGGGCAACUUUGUUACAUCUUCUGCCUCCAUUCAACUUCCUCAACAAUCCAGAAAGUUUGUUGAUGUGGCCCCCCAACAUCAUGGCUCACCCCACACUCGAGAGGAGGGUCAAAAUAGGAGUCAAGGUUUUGAGCCACAAGUGCUGAACCCCGUCCAUCAGGCUUACCUGCAAUAUGCUUUCCAGGCGGCCCAACAUAAACCAGCUAUGGGGGUGCAAACUCAGCAGCAACUGAAAAUGGGUCUGACGGGGCCUCCAGGGAAGGAUCAGGACUCACGGAUGGGAAAUCUGAAAGUGCAGGAGCUCAUUUCCAUGCAGGCAGCUAACCAGACCCAAGCAUCAUCGUCCAAGAAAGCAUCUGAGCAUUUUGUUAAUGCUGAUAAGCAAAUGGAGGUGGGACACCCGUCGUUUUCUGAUCAGAGGAGCGAAUCAAAACCUCCUACCCUGCCAACGUCACUGGGUCAACUAAUGCCAGCCAAUGUUUUGAGGCCUGUGCAGGGUACACAGUCGCAGCAGAGCUUCCAUAAUAUAACAAACAACCAGCUUGCGAUAGCUGCACAGAUGCAGGCAAUGCAGGCUUUGGCACUCGAACGUAAUAUUGAUUUGACUGUUCCUGCAAAUGCCAGUUUGAUGGCUCAGCUUAUUCCACUCAUGCAGUCCAGGAUGGUUGCACAGCAAAAAGCAAAUGAAAGCAAUUUGGGUGCACAGACCUCUUCUAUGCCUCAGCCAAAGCUGCAGGUUUCUUCCCCACAAGUUCCGAGCGAGAGUUCUCCCCAUGGUAAUUCUUCAAGUGAUGUAUCUGGGCAGUCUGGCUCUACUAAAGCUAGGCAGUCAGCUCCACCUGGCCCUGCCAUAACAACUCCAAAUGCUGCGAUGGCAAACAACUCUAACAACAUCCAAAUGCAACAGUUCUCUGUACAUGGCAGAGAGAACCAGUUGCCUCCUAGACAUCCAGUUAUGAUCGGUAAUGGAAUGGCUCCCAUGCAUCCCCCACAGUCCUCUGCGAACUUGAACCAGGGCGUAGAUCAUUCAUUGCUUGCCAAAAAUACUGUAAGUGGCUUUGAAACUCUGCAGAAGCAGUCCACCAGGCAGCUGAACCAAUCAUCUCCACAAGCUGCUGUAUCAUCCAUUGAUGGCGGCUUGGCCAAUCCCUUCUCAAGUCAUGGUGGAUCAAUGCUUCAGAUGCGACAACAGAGUUUUGGGUUUACCAAACAGCAACUGCAUGUUCUUAAAGCGCAAAUAUUGGCUUUUAGGCGUCUAAAGAAAGGAGAUGGAACUCUGCCACGGGAACUGCUUCAAGCUAUAGCACCGCCACCCCUUGAGACACAGAUGCAGCAGGCGAUUCUUGCUCCUGGGACAGUGAAUCAGGAUAGAUCUGCUGGGAAAAAUGUGGAAGACCAUGUAAGACAUUUAGAUUCAAGUGAGAAGGAUCCUCAGAUUGUGACAUCAACUAGUGGACUGAAUAACUCUAAGGAGGAAGCAUAUUCUGGCGAUGAGAAAGCAAGUGUUUCAGCCUUUAAUAUGCAAGGUAUCACAGCUGCGAUGAAAGAACCUGCAUCAGUGGUCCCUCCUGGAAAAGAAGAGCAGCAAACUACUUCAUUUUCUGGUAAACCAGAGCAGGAGAUAAAUCACAGUAAUCAGAAAACUCCUAUUAGAAGUGAUUUAGCUGCAGAUAGGGGUAAAGCAAUUGCACAGCAGGAAACAGUCUCUGAUGCAGUGCAAGUCAAGAAACCUGUACAUGCAAGCAAUGCUCCUCAGCCUAAAGAUGUUGGUUCCACCAAGAAGUAUCAUGGACCGCUAUUUGAUUUCCCAUUUUUCACUCGUAAACAUGACACUUUUGGAUCAGCAAUGAUGAUGAAUAACAACAACAAUUUAAAACUGGCAUAUGAUAUCAAGGAUCUUAUAACUCAGCAAGGCAUGGAAGAAGUGCUUAAAAGAAAAAGGGAUCAAAAUAUAAAGAAGAUUGGUGAAAUACUAGCAGUAAACUUAGAGAGGAAAAGGAUUAGACCAGAUCUUGUGUUACGGUUGCAAAUUGAAGAAAAGAAACUUAAGCUCGUGGAUCUUCAGGCACGUCUGAGGGAUGAAGUUGAGCAAGAGCAACAGGAAAUAAUGGCAAUGCCUGACAGGCCAUAUCGGAAGUUUGUUCGGCUAUGCGAGCGCCAACGCAUGGAGCUCUCAAGGCAAGUACAGACCACUCAGAAAGCCAUCAGAGAUAAGCAACUGAAAUCCAUUUUUCAGUGGCGUAAGAAGCUUCUUGAGGCUCAUUGGGCCAUUCGCGAUGCACGGACUGCCCGCAACAGGGGAGUUGCUAAAUACCAUGAGAGAAUGCUGAGGGAGUUUUCAAAGAGAAAAGAUGAUGGCCGUAAUAAAAGGAUGGAAGCAUUGAAGAAUAAUGAUGUUGAGAGAUACAGGGAGAUGUUGCUGGAGCAACAGACUAGCAUGCCUGGAGAUGCUGCAGAGAGAUAUGCUGUUCUCUCAUCAUUUUUAAGUCAGACAGAAGACUAUCUUCAUAAACUAGGAGGUAAAAUAACAGCUACAAAGAACCAGCAGGAAGUCGAGGAGGCAGCAAAUGUUGCUGCGGUUGCUGCUCGAGCUGAGGGUCUUUCUGAAGAAGAAGUAAGAGCAGCAGCAGCUUGUGCAGGAAACGAAGUAAUGAUAAGAAAUCAUUUCUUGGAACUGAAUGCGCCAAAGGAUAGCUCAUCUGUCAAUAAGUAUUACAAUCUUGCACAUGCCGUGAAUGAAAGGGUCAUGAGGCAGCCCUCAAUGUUACGUGCAGGAACCUUACGCGACUAUCAGCUUGUAGGUUGCAAUUUCUUGGAUAUAUUUACUGUUGGAUUGCAAUGGAUGCUUUCUUUGUAUAACAACAAAUUGAAUGGAAUUUUGGCCGAUGAGAUGGGUCUUGGGAAGACUGUGCAGGUUAUGGCAUUGAUCGCUUAUUUGAUGGAGUUCAAAGGGAAUUAUGGUCCACAUCUCAUUAUUGUUCCAAAUGCUGUUUUGGUGAACUGGAAGAGUGAGUUUCAUAAUUGGCUGCCUUCUGUAUCUUGCAUUUUCUAUGUUGGUGGAAAGGAUCAAAGAUCAAAACUGUUCUCUCAAGAGGUCUGUGCCAUGAAAUUUAAUGUCCUUGUGACAACAUACGAGUUCAUCAUGUAUGAUCGUUCAAAACUUUCAAAAGUUGAUUGGAAGUAUAUCAUAAUUGAUGAAGCACAAAGAAUGAAGGAUAGGGAAUCGGUUCUAGCACGUGAUCUUGAUAGAUAUCGCUGCCAAAGGCGCCUGCUUCUCACAGGGACACCCUUACAGAAUGAUCUCAAAGAACUAUGGUCACUUCUUAAUCUACUCCUUCCAGAAGUGUUUGAUAAUCGGAAAGCAUUUCAUGAUUGGUUCUCUAAACCCUUUCAAAAGGAAGGUCCCACACAUAAUGCUGAGGAUGACUGGCUUGAGACAGAGAAGAAGGUCAUUAUUAUCCAUCGACUUCAUCAAAUCCUGGAGCCUUUCAUGCUAAGACGCCGUGUUGAAGAUGUGGAAGGGUCACUUCCUCCCAAGGUUUCCAUCAUUUUGAGAUGCAGAAUGUCAGCUAUUCAGAGUGCCAUUUAUGACUGGAUCAAAUCUACUGGCACUCUUCGAGUCGACCCUGAAGAUGAAAAGCUUAGGGUUCAAAAAAAUCCAAUUUACCAGGCUAAAACAUAUAGAACUCUGAAUAAUAGAUGUAUGGAACUCCGAAAAGCUUGCAAUCAUCCUUUGCUUAAUUACCCAUAUUUCAAUGACUUCUCCAAGGAUUUUCUUGUUAGAUCAUGUGGGAAACUGUGGGUUCUGGAUAGGAUUCUAAUAAAGCUUCAGAGAACAGGGCAUCGGGUAUUGCUCUUUAGUACCAUGACCAAACUCCUAGAUAUAUUGGAGGAGUAUUUGCAGUGGCGGCGACUUGUGUACAGACGAAUUGAUGGGACAACUAGCCUAGAAGACCGAGAAUCAGCUAUUGUGGACUUUAAUAGCCCCAAUACUGAUUGCUUUAUUUUCUUGCUCAGCAUUCGUGCUGCUGGACGAGGUUUGAAUCUUCAGACUGCCGACACGGUUGUAAUAUAUGAUCCUGAUCCAAAUCCAAAAAAUGAGGAACAGGCGGUUGCUAGAGCCCAUCGCAUCGGGCAGACUAGGGAAGUGAAAGUAAUCUAUAUGGAAGCAGUGGUUGACAAGAUCUCAAGCCAUCAGAAAGAGGAUGAAUUUAGGAGUGGAGGUGCGGUUGAUUCAGAGGAUGACCUUGCCGGUAAGGAUCGGUAUAUGGGAUCUAUUGAGAGCCUCAUACGAAAUAACAUUCAACAGUAUAAGAUUGACAUGGCUGAUGAAGUUAUCAAUGCUGGACGGUUUGACCAGAGGACAACCCAUGAAGAGAGGCGCUUGACAUUAGAGACAUUAUUGCAUGACGAAGAGAGAUAUCAAGAAACUGUCCAUGAUGUUCCCUCACUUCAGCAGGUGAACCGCAUGAUUGCUAGGAGCGAAGAAGAAGUAGAGCUCUUUGAUCAAAUGGAUGAAGAAUUUGAUUGGACAGAGGAGAUGUCAAGAUAUGACGAAGUUCCUAAGUGGCUGAGUGCUAGUACUAGCGAAGUGAAUGCAACUGUUGCUAAUUUAUCUAAAAAACCAUCAAAGAAAACUUUAAUUGGGGGAGGCAUUGGCGUGGAAUCCAGUGAAAUGGCGUCUGAAACUGAGAAAAAACGGGGACGGCCCAAGGGAAAGAAGUUACCUAUUUAUACGGAAUUGGAUGAUGAAAAUGGGGAGUUCUCUGAAGCAAGCUCUGAAGAAAGGAACGGAUAUUCAGUGCAAGAAGAGGAUGGGGAAUUUGAAGAUGAAGAAUUUAGUGCUGCUGUUGGGAUACCUCCAACCAAUAAAGACCCAUCAGAAGAUGCUCCAGUUUCCGCUGAGGUGUAUGAGUACCUCCAAGCUUCAGAAAGCACGAGAAACAAUCGUAUACUUGAAGAAGCAGGUUCCUCAGGAUCAUCAUCGGACAGUGGAAGAUUGACGCAAAUGGUGUCACCAUCUAUAUCUUUGCAGAAGUUUGGGUCUCUUUCUGCAUUGGAGGCUAGGCCUAGUUCUCUUUCUAAAAUGCUGCCUGAUGAAUUAGAGGAAGGGGAAAUUGCAGUGUCUGGGGAAUCUCAUAUGGAUCUCCAGCAAUCUGGUAGUUUGAUCCAUGAUCUUGACGAAGCUGAAGAUGAACAGGUUUUGCAACCCAAGAUAAAACGGAAACGUAGCAUUCGUGUUCGGCCUCGGCAGGCAGAGAGGCCAGAAGAGAAGUCCAACGAGAGGUUCUCUCUCCCUCGGAAAGAUUCUUCUCAGUUGCCUUUUCAGGUGGACCAGCGAUCUAGAACCAACUCGGAACAUAAAAUGCUUGCAGAGCCCAGUGUUUUCAAGAAUGAUCAAAGUGAUUCAUCCUUGAAAAGUAAGAAAAAUUUACCUUCAAGGAAAACCCCUAGUACGGCAAAAACACGUGCAUCACUGAAAUCUGGUAGAGUGAAUUCUUUGUCUGCUCCACCAGAAGAUGUCGCUGAACACUCUAGAGAAAGCUGGGAAAGUAAAAUUGUGAAUGCAAGUGGGAGUUCAGUCAGUGGAACUAAGAUGUCUGAGAUCAUUCAAAGAAGGUGCAAGAAUGUUAUUUGCAAGCUCCAAAGGAGAAUAGACAAAGAAGGCCCUCAGAUUAUACCACUGCUAACAGACCUAUGGAAGAGAUUUGAAAGCUCUGGACAUAUGAGUGGGACUGGGAACAACAUUCUGGAUCUACGAAAGAUUGAUCAGCAUGUUGACAGAUUUGACUAUAAUGGAGUAAUGGAGCUUGUUUCAGAUGUGCAGCUUAUGUUAAAAAGCGCAGUCCAGUAUUAUGGCUUCUCGCAUGAGGUGAGAUCUGAAGCAAGGAAAGUGCACGAUCUGUUUUUUGACAUCCUAAAGAUAGCAUUUCCGGAUACGGAUUUCCGAGAAGCCCGGAAUGCCGUCUCUUUCUCCGGUCCAGUAGCCACCUUUACUUCUGCUCCAUCCUCAAGACAGGUGCUUGUUGGUCAAAGCAAGCGACACAGACUGAUAAAUGAGGUGGAACCCGACCCAAGUCCUCCCCAGAAGCCACUGUCCCGUGGACCACCCAUAGCUACUGGCGAAGACACAAAGACCAGGAGCCAUGUGGCUCAAAAAGAAUCAAGGCUCGGAAGUAGUAGCAGCCGGGAGCUGGGCCAACAGGAUGAUCCUCGACCAUUCACCCAUCCAGGGGAGCUUGUCAUCUGCAAAAAGAAGAGGAAAGAUAGGGAAAAAUCAGCCAUGAAGCCCGGGAAUGGGUCAGCUGGUCCUGUAUCGCCCCCUAGCAUCGGUGGUAAUAUUCGAAGUCCAGGUUCGAGUUCAAUCCUGAAGGAAGGAAGAUCAAUCCAGCAGACUACCCAGCAGCAAGGGUGGGCUAACCAAUCUCCUCAACCGGCAAGUGGUGGCUGUGGGACUGUUGGGUGGGCAAAUCCUGUAAAAAAGAUGAGAACAGAUGCCGGGAAAAGGCGGCCGAGCCAUUUAUGA